GGCGCCGCUCCCGCCGCCCCUGCCACACCCGCUGAGCCUGCCACCCCCGCUGAGCCUGCCACCCCCGCUGAGCCUGCUACUCCCGCCACUCCCGCCACUCCCGCCACUCCCGCCACUCCCGCCGAGCCCGCCACGCCCGCCGAGCCCGCCACGCCCGGUCCCUCGACCCCGGCCGGCCCCAACUCCGCCCUGGCCGCCCGCAGCCCCCGCAGGCUCUUCGGCGGCAAGGGUAGCCGCAACGGCACCCGUGCCAUCCGCCGCCUCGGCCGCCCGGGCCGCAGGAACAACACUGCUGGCCGCCCCGGCAGGAAGAACACCGGCCCCAUGCCCGUCGGGCUCCCGGUUGUUUAA